CGUUCAGCUUAUGACCCUAUCAAAUCGUCUUCUGAAUUAUCUACCUAACCCAACAGCCUAGCAAGCCUUCAAUGGAGCCUCGAUAUGAGGGCGCCAAUGUGUGCUGUGCCCCCUUGGAAGUAACCGGUUAGUUACGGAAUUCUUGGGAGUUUCUAAUGGAGAAAAGAAAAAGGUAAAUUACUUGUGACAACUAAGUUUCUUUGUUCCGAACAUACCUAAUCUUUUAAUAUCAUCUUAUUGAUCUCUCUCCCCUGUUUUCUUGUAUUCUCCAUUUCAGUAUCUCCAAACUUGAACAUCACCAAUUCAAAAUUCUUCAAUCUCAAUGGGAAACCUGCGCAAAGUUUUCGCUGUCUCAGCGCUGGCGGCGGCCGCUGCCCGGGCCCAAGACCUCCGACAGCCUAUCGUCGGCUGUGCGGACCUCGAAUGCCCUGCUAGCAGCAGAGGGGAUGUAAAUGAUAACUGCACAGUAGCAGACACGGGCUCGUACAUCUACGUCGGACUCACGCGCAUACCGACUGACAAUGACGCACUCUCGGGAAUAUCCUGGUCCAAGGGCUUUAACGUCGGCUCAUCCGACAACAAGCGAGAGUUUCAAAGCACGUUCUACCUCGGCACACCGCCGGACCUGCAAUUGAAUAAUUCAACCGGCGCGUGCGCCGUCUUCCUCCACGGAGCGUCUCAGAAUAUAGCCUUCCCGGGCGAGGACAGCGAACCUGCACAGGGAACGUGUACGGACGCCCUGGGCUCGUCCUGUGUCGACGCGUUGGUCUCGCGGGCUAGAACUCUGGUGAAUGGAUAUAACAGCGGCAGCGAGAGCCUCUCCAUCUCCGAGGCAUGCUCCAGACUGCAACAAGAUCUGGAAGAUAGCAAUGACCAAGCCUGCACGCGGGUCUCCAAGGGACAUUGGAGCAAUUUCACUAGUGUCGCCUUAACCGGCGAAGGUGCACCGCAACCCAUCACCCAGCAGCAAAACUCAUCGUCGACCUGCUGGCCUGUCAUCCCCAAACAGGAUGAUCUCACCCUAGUUAGCCAGUACAACUAUACCGGGGGUAACCUAGCCAGCGAAUUAGAGGAGGCUAUGUUUGCCAUCACGCCGAUCAUCACGGUCUUCUACUCGGCAGGUAACGGAAGUCUGGCCACCGAUACCGAGGCUUCUCUGUCCUGCGUCAAAGUCGUGGGGCCCGCAAGAGCGUCUCUGUCUACCAUUAACAAUGGUUCUAACGACCACGACGGCAGCGGGGCUAUGGGAUUAUCGUCGACGCAGUCGUUGCUAUCGGCCGCGCUAGUCGCAGGUGGUGCCGCAUAUUUCAUUAGUAUUUAGAGGUUUAUAGGAUUAGAUUGGCAUUUUUGACGAUAGGAGUACGCGGAGUCGGUGUUGUUGGAUUACGCACUUUGGGCCAGAUUGAAGGCAUGUCUAUUAGGUCAUGGGAUUUGUAGCAAAAGUUCACAGCGGGACGGGGAAAGGAGGCACUCCUAUUUUCUUUUGAGCGUUUUGGUACUUGGACGG